AAAUGAGUUAUUAUUGUUCUAGUUUACACAAAAUCAGCCCUGACUGAGAUAUAUAAUAAAAGACAUGCUUGUCUUUUUGUCUAUUUGGAACCUCAUUGUCCACAGUGUCCCCCACUUUUUAAAGACAGCUGCAUAUAAUUUAAGGGAGAAUUGACUGAUAUUUUUAGUGACUACAUAGUCCACCUUGUUGACUCAUUAUAACUAUAGUUGUUUUAUUGGUGAUAGUGGCAAAGGAGGAUUAAGCAGGAAUGCUAUUAAAUAGCUAAAUUUUAUCAAAAUUGAUAAGGAAAUAGAUAUAAUAUUUAGGUUAAGUUUAUAGACUUUGACAGCAGUAUUUGUUUUGUUGAAUCUCUUUCCUAAUAUUAGUUAUCUUGAGUCUAUUCUAUACAGGUCAUAUAUUCAGAUUUUUUACUCUGACACUUCUUCACUAUUUAUAACUAUUUUACUGUGUCAUUUAAACUUAUAGCAUAUACUUCAGGAUACAAUGUUCAAGAUGAACCAAAGUGGAAGUCACAAAGUGACCAUAUGACUGGCUUGAAAUAGUAGUCAAAUUUCUCUUAAUUUAUGCACUACUGCCUUAACAUAAAAAAAUACAUUGAAUAAUGUUGUCUCAGAUUCACUGUUCUUGCAAAGAAGUGGUAGAAAAGAACAGAAAGCCUUUGUUCAUAAGUUUGUUUGAACAGAGCUGAACUGGGGGCUAAACCACAACGUUGAAGUUUAACCUAUUAUAUAUAAUGUUCAGCAAAUCUUUGUUUUAAUAUCUACAUAAUACACCACUUGUAAUUGCUCCACAUCAAAGAGAUCAAAGACGGCGUGCCACUAUAGUGACUUAUAACUCAAACUUAAACCAGUCUGUAGAGUAUGAUGACAAUGGUACCAUGUCUGAUAUAGAGACAUCAUCUCCUGGAAACAUUCAAAGAGGUCAAUAUUUAAGAUCAAGCCUUCCUAUCAUUCGCUCCUCAUCAAGUACAUUUGAGCGGCCAUUAGGGUUAGUUUUUUUGGUCUAUAAAGAUGAAACUAAAAAAGCCUCCUUACCAAAUGAAAUCACAACAUUGGAUACUGUCCGGGCUCUCUUUGUACGGUCAUUUGCUGACAAACUCACAAUGGAGUUUAUGGAAUCCCCAAGAAACAAGAUUUAUAUUGUUGAUCCACGAACGAAUAUAUAUUAUCAACUCGAAGAUUUGAGAGAUAUCAAAGACCGGACAGUACUGAAGAUUCAUGAAUGUGACAGUGAUCAGCCUCAGGUCAUCAAACCACUUCCAGAAAUCCGGGGCAAGACCAUAGUAUCUUCAGUGCAGUCACAAUCAAACACUCACCCAGUAAAUGUACAUAUACCUUCCAGCUGUCAUCCAAAGAAUAUGACAAAAUCCAAGAGCUUACCUCCACAAAAUUCUUUAGCCUACCAACAACUAGCAAAUGAAAGCCAAAGUCUUCGGAUAGUUGACCGUCCUCAGUCUACAACACCUGGUAUGGAUGUUAUGAGAGGGCAAUCAGGUAUUGUUCCUCGUCAUAUGGCUAACCUACGAUUUUCUCCUGAGCGUCAAACCACACCAGAUCGAGCAUCUUUACUUGGAACUAUUCCUGAAAAUAGCCAACUCUCUCGUGGUCGGGGUACUCUCAAUGGUUAUUCUGCUGAAGUUUAUCCUGCAGCAACAUAUAAUUCAGGAUACUGGCCUACAGAUCAGCCAUAUUCACAUCCUACUUACCAUCGAAUCUAUCCUUAUACAUCACUUGGUCCAUUGAGCCAAAUGCCUUCUACUGGAACUGAACAGCCUAUAAGUUAUGUGCAAUACACUGGAGGGUCUAUCAACCAGCCUCAUGCACAACCACCUUAUCUGUCAAAAAAUACCCGGUCACACCCUAUGGCUUCUCAACAGCGCCCUCCACCACAUAUAAACCCUAUUGAAACACGAGAUGGUUGUAAAAUAGCACCUCCUAAUUGGUCUUUACCUUACUCUGCUGUACCUUCAGUUCCUUCAAACUUACCACCAGCCCUGGAAGGUACACCAGUUUGCAAGCUACAGCGCUCUCAAAGUUAUCGAGCUAACCCUGAAAGAGAGCCAGUCACUGAAAGGAUACGCAGUAUGACACCACAACCACCUCAAGAUCCAGAAACUAAGGUUCGAAUGGAACGGAUGGAGGCCCAACUAGCAAAUCUGACUGCUUGGGUCCACAAUACUGUAAUUCCCUCAAGAUCUCAUCACACCAAUGGCAGGACAAGCAGCAUGCGCAGUAAUUGCAGUACAGUAUCAGACAGUACAUGUACUGGUUCCACAGCUAGUAAGAAUUUUGUCAGUUACCCUUCAGGUCUAUCAGACAUCCCUGGUGCUGCUCAAAGUGGUUACCCAGCAGCAGCAGCAACACAUUCUCAGAAACCUACUCGCAGCAAAUAUACCAACCAGCCACCAGUAAUUGGACCGAAUACUCGUGUACGUAUGAUCCUUGUAAAGCGCAGGGUUGAAGAACUGAAGGCUGAUCUUAAAAACUUACAGCUCUUACAUCGGAAAAAUACAGAAACUGGGCAGACAUUGAUGGCUGAAUCGGCUAAAAAAAUUUUGAAUGUUUUGAGUAGAAUUUCGUUUACGGUCAGUCUACACCCCAUUCGAAAAGAGCGGCAUGAUGUGGAUGCAAAUUACACAGAGUUUGUCCGUGAAGAAAAGAGGAUAGACCAAGAACUUUGUAAACUCGAAGAUUCUGUUGAAGAAGUACGCACUGAUGUAAUCUCAAAGCACUGUCGUGUAAACUCAACUGACGUUGAAAAGAUGGCACUAACUCUAAGUCAACUAUCAAAAGCUAUUGCAGAGCAAAAAACCCAGUUUCCACAGCUGCAGGACAAAAUGAAAAAGAUUAUGUCUGAAGAAAUGGAUAUAAUUAUCCAAGAAGAGAAAUUUCUCAAAGAUCAGCCUGAACGACUGGAGUCAGCUUUGCGACGUUGCAAGAAGCUAACAGGCACACUGUUCACUCUGAAAAGGUUAGCCUCAGUCCAACAACACAACAGAUGCUUGAGUCCAACACCUCUGAGUCAGAAGGCCCCAAUAACAGCUUUGAGUCCAUCGCUAUUGCCUCAAAACCCAAUGAAGGUGGUCAACAAUGAUAAGCCAGGAACUAUACAAAUAAUUUUAAAUUAUCCAAAAGUUAGUUCUGGCCAACAACAACAUGAGAAUGAACAGAAACUAUCCCACAGUACAUCUCAUAACAGUGCUGAUACUUCUAGCGGUAGUAGUGGCAAUAGUGUGUACAGUUUGACUUGCAAUGAUGAUCAGAUUACUCCUAGAUCUGGGGAAUGUACAUAUUUACCAAGCACUACACCAAAACAAAAUGUAGGCAGUGAAACACAAGAAAACCAAACGACUCCUUCCAAAAUUGGGAACAAUUUUCGUUCUUCGUCACAGACAUCCUCCAACCAACUCCAAAUCAAUUCUGUUAAAUCUGAUUUCACCGACUGUGUAUCUAUUAAUCCAACUACAGAGGUGUCUUAUAUGAAACCAGUGUCAGCUCCAGAGAAAACUAGCAAGAUGGCAAUAAUAUCCGAGUCUACUUCCCCAAACAAAGAAUUGUUUUCAGGAAAAUCAACAGAAAAUUCAAAGGAAUCUUCAGCAGAUUUAAUCAACAAAAUACAUUCAGCUCGUGCUGAUUUCUUUAGUUCAAUGCUAACUUCUGAAAACUCAAUAACUCUGAAUAAAAAUAAUUCUUCUAGUCCUACAACAAAAAUGGAUUACACAGUCCAUUUCACGUCUCCAAAACCAACAUUCACCAUUGCUAAUUGCAUUCAGUCCACUGCCAAAAAUAGCCCCAAACCAAUCACACCAACAGCAACAGCAGUUGCUGAGUUAUGGCCUAAAGAUCCUCCACCAAUUUCAAAGAAACCUUCCCACUUGUGGAAAGUAAGACCUUCAUCAUAUAAUUUUGAUGGCACCAAUGUUGCAGUUUGUUCUGGCUCAUCUUCAAAUUCAGUUAUUAGUUUACCAUAUUUCAGUAAUAGCUCCAAAUCUUUACCAACCCCACCCUCCAAUAAUAAAAGUGAUUUGAAAUACUGUGAAACGAAAACUGCAAUUUGUUCAAAGAAAAGCCCACCACCACCACCACCCCCUCGUAAAAGCAGCAAAAAUUCAUAUGAAGUGAAACCAGCUCCUACUAGUAGCACCCCUCAAGUAGUACACUACACUCUUACCCAGCAUUGUAAUCCUUCAAUGAGCUCUUCUUUUUCUAUAAAUACAUCUCUUCAACACGACAACAAACAUCCCAAAAAUAAUGCUAGAGACAAUUCUCCAUCAAGAGAAAGUGCUUGUAGCUCAGGAAGCUCAGCUUCCAGUGACUCACAGCAUAGUGUUGUCAGAGUAUCUCUACACACACAACAGAAUGGUAAUGGUUUCAAUAAAAAAAAUAAACCCAGCCCUCCCCAACGAAAAAGUAGUCAGUUGAGUCACUUGCCAGCCUCAACACAUUCACCAUCAUUAAGCAGACCUGCUUGUUGGGAACAACCUGUAUUCAAUGGCGUCAAAGGUUUAUCAAUGAAUACUAAGAGAGAUUUACAAGAAACUGCAAUAGACUAAGAAUCCAUUACAGUAAAUGGUCAGGACUAGCUUACUGCAAACUUAUCUUCAAAAAGAAAUAACAAAAUAAGUCUAAAUUGUUGAAAACAGAAAACUGUGAUGUUUUUGGAAUUUUCGGUUUUUCUUUCUUUUUUUAUUUUAUUUUUUUUCAUAAUGAUAUAUUAACAUUUUUUAAAGUAUAACAUUUUAUAACCUAAUGAAUGUUGUGAAAAGAUAUUUCCUUCUACACCUCCUAAUGUUGAUUAUUUUCCUGUUUUAUAAGUAAACUAAGGGUAUCAUUCUACUUGGAAAUUUAAUGAAGGUUUUUCUAUUUUUUAUUAGAUUUGUACAUAUGAGUAUAAAACUCUUUCCUCAUUUAUUGAAUUCAAAACUGUUUCCAUCUUGAAUUUUUUUUCAACUGUUUUUUUCUAAUUAUAUCUCAUGUCUAAUGUUGCACUCCCUCCCACCAAAUGAAGGUUUUCAAUUCCAAUAUCUUGUUCAGCAUCUAAUGCUAAUUCCUUCCUUCACAGAUUUCCUUGACUUGUUCAAUAUCUUUCAAAUUCCAACUUAUAUAAAUAACUUUUCAACAUAAUUCCACAAAAACAAAGUGAUUUAUUUAUUGUAAUACAGAACCAAAAUAAAAUGAUAAAAUUAUAUCUUAAUCUUUAAUUUUAAUCUAAUGUUAAAUACUUAAUUGCUAAAAUGAAUGAAAGUUUUACAGUCAAUUCUGAAAUAACAAUGAAGAGUUUCUUUUAUUAUGUCUUAGCAAAAUUAAUAUUAGUAUUUAAGAAUAUAUGUUAAUAUAAUGUUCAACUGCUGGAUUAAUUAGCUUGAAUUAGUUUAUCAGUAAAUUUGAGAGUAUACUUAUCAAAAGUUAUUAAUAUUAAAAUAAGUGUGUGUGUGUGUGUGUGUGUGUGUGUGUGUGUGUGUGUGCGCGCGUGCAUGCGUGCGUGCGUGCAUGUGUGUGUGCAAGAUAGAUAGAGUACAGAUAGAAAAUCAUUUGAUAAAACUCAGUGGUCAUGCCAGAUAACAUUUAAAGAACAACUCUAUUUCCAUCUGUAUUUAUUCUAUUACUUAUUACUACCAAAGCACAUAAAAAAUGAUUCAGUAGUGAUAGGGAUUCUGUUGACAGUAUAUAGAUAUAUCAUAUACAUUUAAAAUUAAUUCAAUAUUCAAAACUAAAUUUUAUUCAUUUUUUAAUGAAAAUAAGUUUUAUACAUUUUAUAAAUAAUAAUGAUUUUUUUUUCUAAUUUUUGGUAGAAGGGCAGUAAUUUUGAGGGAAGGAGAAAGUCAAUUACAUUAACACCAGUGAUCAACUGGUAAUUAUUUUAUCAAUUCCAAAAGGACGAAAGGCAAAUCAGCCUCAGCAGCAUUUGAAUACAGAACUUAAAGCUGGAUGAAAUGCUAACAACUCUGCCAGUUCACCACCUUAUUAAUUAAAAUGCUGAUGAAUUAGAAAACAUAAGUUCUACAUAGUUGUUUUUCAGUUUUAUUUUAUUUUAAAAUUUAUUCUAUAAAAACAUGCAAGAUAGCAUUCUUGACUAUCUAAUCCAGACAAGUUACUUGUAAAAACCCUUGUAUAAAUGUAUGUAUAUAGAAUAUGUUUGGGAGAGGUCCUAAAUUCUUCAUUCUAUUUACUUCUGAAGGAACUUAAGAAAAAACUUAAAUUAGGUUUAAACAUAAUAAAAGAUAGUCUAGAAAAGGCAAUCUCUAAAUUAUUUGCAAGAUACCCAGGAUUGAAAUUGAAAGGGUGCUACCAUACAAUAAUGUUUUAAUUACUCUUUUUUGAUCUUCAGUCUGUUGACGGUCAAUUAUACUGGGUUUCAAAAGCAUCUGCUGUAUCUACUGAAAAAGAUUUAUAACAAACAAAUUUAGACUAAAAUUCUUAGUCUUAAUAUUAAAAAAAAGGAACAGAUAGUAAACCAACAAAAACAGUAGUGAGUGAUGAAAUACUUUGCAGUGCUUAGUUUCAUCCUACAACAUUUUAAUUUCAUAUUUCACUAUGAUCAACUUUGCCUGUUACUUCUGUGAUUGAUAAAACCAGAACCAAUAUAACAACUAGGUAUACUUUCUCUCAUAAAAAAAUGGUUUAGAGCUAAAGUAAGAAACUAAAUAUAUAUUAAAGUAAUACAGUAGAAUCUAAAGAAAUUAGAGAUGGUCUGUGCUGACAUAUACAAAAAUUAUUUUGCCUGUUAGAAAAAGAGGAGUCUAACAUUUCGUACAAGGCCAUUCAUCAGAGAGGGAAACAUUUGACUUCUCUUCCACACAACAAAAUAAUGUAUUCCACUUUUCAACCUAUUUGUAAAUAUGAAAUACAUAAGAGGGCAAUGAAUUAAGAGCAAGUCUUUGGCACCAGGUUGAAGUAAGCAGGGUUUCAAUUACUACUUGCUGCUUCAGUUUAUUUACAUUUCCCUCCCAGUUUCUAAAUAUGAAGGUUUAUUUAAAUCAAUAAUAAAAAUCUGGCUACCACCAUAAAAAUAAAAAUGAACCCCUUGAGAGCAGAUACUGAGUCUUCAGAUAUGAUCAUUCUAAUUUACUGAUAUUACAAAUACCUUUGACAAAGAAAUAUGUCAUUUUUCCUUCACACUAUAUUAGACACUGUUGGGAAAUAUCAUCUUCUGCCAUAGUUAUAAAGCCUAUAGUGAAGUGAAAAUGGGAAGGUGUCAAUGAAAUAUAUUUUUACUAUUUAUUCAUAAUAAUAUUGAUAUUUGAUUAUAAUAACAAUAACAAAAUAUUUUAACUAUAUUUUAAUAUUUUAAACAAAAUUCUGCAAGGAAAUUGAAAGGCAAAACAGUGAACUUUAAACUAUCAGAAACAUAUUUUUAAUGAACUUGACAUACAAUAGGGUGUUGCACGAUAUACACAGAACUGAGUAUAAUAUUGUUGAGGGUUGUUAAACAGCUAAAAGUCAAUAAAAAUGUGUUGAAACACCUACACUUCAACAGAAUUUAAGUUGUAUGAUGCCUAGGAUUGAAAUUGAAAGAGUGCUACCAUACAAUAAUGUUUUAAUUACUCUUUCUUGAUCUUCAGUCUGUUGAAGGUCAAUGAUACUGGGCUUCAAAAGCAUCUACUGUAUCUACUGAAAAAGAUUUAUAACAAACAAAUUUAGACUAACAAUCUUAGCCAUGAUAUUUUUAAAAAGAAUAGAUAGUAAACCAACAUAAACAGUAGUGAGAAAUGAAAUACUUUGCAAUGCUUAGUUUUGUUUUACUACAUUUUAAUUUCAUAUUCCACUAUGAUCAACUUUGCCUAUUGCCCUUCUGUGAUUGAUAAGACCAGAACCAAUAUAACAACUAGGUAUACUUUCUCUCAUAAAAAAUGGUUUAGAGCUAAAGUAAUACAUAGAAUCAAUAGUCAAAAAUGAAAAUAGGCCAAAAACUUAAAAUUGAGAGAGGUAAAAACUUAAAUUUCUAUAAAGGAGCUUGCUGAACAUGCAUAUAUAUAUAUAUAUUGUAGUAAAUGCCCGUCGAGAUAGAAGUGUCAUAAAAGAAACAACACCUUUUCUAAUGUUUAUUUUUUUAUUCAUUGUGUAAGAAAUAAGCUUACUUUAAAAGAUGGACUAAGAAUGUUACCAAUGUAGUUUAUUAUCUACAAAAUAGUGGAAUAUUAGGAAAUGGUCAGUGACUCGCAAAUUGAAAAUGUUUGCAAAAUAGAAUGAUACUCUUCUUUAUGUGGGAGGAAAGAAGUUUGACAGAUUUUUCUUCUUUAUCACAACAAACUGACAUAUUUCACUUUAUUCACAAAAUGUGAAUAUUAAGUUAGUAUGAGUUACUAAUUUUUAGCUAAUUAAACUGUAGUGAAGGAAAUUAAACUCACACCAAGCCAAGUUCAUAAGUCGGUUCUAACUCUCUGUUAAAGCUAAUUUCCUCCAUUUGCAUUAUUAAUCUAUUUUGGUCUUCAAUACAUUUUUCCUGUAAAACUCCUCUUUCUCCUCAUCAAUAAAUGUACCUCAGUAACAAAUCAAUGAGCAUUCAAAGGCUAACAAAUUGUUUCAUGUUAUCAAGGAAACAAAUUCAGUUCAUCGCUUCCAAUUUUCUUUCAUUCAGAAGUACACAAGAUUGAUAGAAUUCUAUUUCAUGACUACUUAUUAUUAUUAUUAUUAUUAUUAUUAUUAUUAAUAAUAAUAAUAAUAAUAAUAAUAAUAAUAAUAAUAAUAAUAAUAAUGGCUUCAAAUUUUAGCACAAGGCCAGCAAUUUUAAGGGUGGGAGUAAGUCAAUUACAUCACUCCCAAUGUGAAACAGGUACUUAUUUUAUUGACUCCGAAAGGAUGAAAGACAAAGUUGACUUCAGCAGAAUUUGAGCUCAGAUGAACAAAAUGCCACUAAACUUUUUGCUGGUGCACUAAUGAGUCUGUCAGCUCACUGCCUUAUCAAUAAUAAUACUAAUAUUUUUUCAAAUUUUGGCACAAGGUCAGAAAAUUUAUAUCAUCAUCCCCAGUGGUCAUCAGGUACUUAAUUUGUUGACCCUGAAAGCAUUUGACUUCAGCAGCAUUUGAACUCAGAGUGCUAAGCAUUUUAUCCAGUGUGAUAACAAUUCUACCAGUUUGCCACCUUACUACUACAACUACUACUACUACUACUACUACUACUACUACUAAUAAUAAUAAUAAUAAUAAUAAUAAUAAUAAUAAUAAUAAUAAUAAUGAUGAUGAUGAUGAUGAUGAUGAUGAUGAUGAUGAUGAUGAUGAUGAUGAUGAUGAUGAUGAUAAUAAUAAUAAUAAUAAAUAAUAAUAAUAAUAAUAAAGUGCCAGGAGAUCAACAUAGCAUCAUGAAAGAAAGAGAAAAAGUUGAUAAAUAUGGAAACCUGAGAAUUGAGAUCGCUAAGAUGUGGCAGCUACGAGAGUCAAACAUAAAGGUUAUCCCUAUUGUCAGCAGAGCAUUGGGUUCAAUACCACCCAAUCUGAAAAAACAUCUGAAAACCUUAGAAAUACUCUACAAUCUAGAUGUAUUGCAAAAGUCGGCAUUACUUAGAACUGCAUGCAUAUUGCAUGAGGUCCUUGUUGUGACUUGACAAACAGUACAAACCCCUGGUAGACACAAUAUCUUCAAUCAACAACCUCACAAUAUUGUAUACUGUGCAACGUCUAUAAUAAUAAUAGUAAUAAUAAUGGUUUUAAAUUUUAAUAUAAGGUCAGCAAUUUCAUUGAGGGACUAAGUUGAUUACAUUGAUCCCCAGUGUCCAACUGGUACUUACUGCCAACCUCAGCAGAAUUUGAACUCAAAAUGUCACUAAGCAUUCUGCUCAGUAUGCCUCUAAGCAUUCUGCUCAGUAUGCCUCCAAGCAUUCUGCUCAGCAUGCUAACAAUUUUACCAGCUCGCCACCUUAUUACUACUAAUAAUAUUUUUUAUCUACCACAUGGACAACAGAUAAGGAGAUAUUAUAUGGACAUAUUACAAAAACUGGGUUUUAGUUUGAAAUUGAAUGAGAAAAAUGAAAGCGAAAGCUAUGAGAAUGUCAGUUUUUGUUUUUGCUUUGCACGUUUUUAUAAUCUUUUUUUAAAUAGAAGUAUCAUUUAUGUUUGUUGAAACAUUUAAUAUCCUUCACUUACAAUGUCAAUAUCUGGUGAAAAAAAUUCCAUUUUACCCUAUGAGUGCCAAUUACAGUGUGGAAGGUUUAGAAGAAAUUAAGAGUUUAUUUGCUAGAAACAUGACAUAAGUCAGUCUAGCAAUCCACUGCUCAACAGUAUGAUAAUACUAAUAAUAGAAAUAGCCCUUUUCAGCUAUUGAACUCACUUCAACAUAAAUUAAAGAAUGUGGUCGUUUAGGAACCUAAUUUAAUUUUGAAAUAUAUUUUUAUUACUAUUUUUUAUUCACUUUAAAUCUAAGUACUAUGCAGUACACACAUUUAAUGUUUUUUUUGUUUUGUUUUGUUUGUUUUUGUUUUUUCACUGUGGGCCUUUGUCUUUCAAGUUGAAAUGGAUUUUCUUAAAAGCUUAUUACUCCUUUGCAACUUAUUAAAGAAAUUGUGCAAUGUCCUUGGCAAUCUGUUACCCCAGCUAUUAAGUAACUUGAUUACAAUUUAAAAGAAGAGUGAAAUGUUUAUAACUGUACUAACUUAUUAAUUUGAGAUAGAGAGAAAGAUUUUGAUCUGUUCAAGUAUUUUUAAUUUUCUUUUUUUUUUUUACUUAAAAAAAUAAUGAUCUUUAAUGACUUUUUCAAAGAUUCAGUUUUCUAACUAAAUUAUUCAAUAUAUUUUUAAAUCUUUCUCAAACAAAAAAAGAAAAAUCAUUUUUUGAAAAUUUCUGCAUGCCAAACAACCUUAUCUAAUAAACAAAGUAGCAAGUGCAUUUCUUCCACAAGAAAAAUAACAAACACUUAAACCUUUGUUUGGUAAAUUGUGUCUUAUGGAAUUCAUGAAUACAGUGAAUUUAUAUAAUAUUUCUUGCUUGUAAUAAAGUUUUCACAAUGAUAAUGUUUCAGUUCAAAUACUAUGUUGCUGAAUAUAAUGUCACUAGAAGCAAUGUGUGUGUGACCAGGAUGAGAUGCUUCUAAGUACCUUUGUUAUUUUUUCUCUUGAACUAAUUGUACUAAAAUUCACUCAGUUUAACUUUCAUGAAUAACCUUUUUAAAAACAAAUUAUUAACAAUUUUCUAUGAAUACCUAUGCAAAAAUGGAAAUUAAAUUGUCUUCAUCCACAUCUGUUUAAGUAAUCUACAUCUACUUGUUUUUCUUGUAUGUAACUUUCUAAAAGUCCUACAAAACCAACUGAAAGCAAAUCUGGGAAGCUGUUAUAAUAAUAUUGUCUUUAUUAAACAUAUCAUUUGGAUCCAGCAUAUAUACAAAAGUUACAAGUUUAACCAAAGUGUGUCAUUUUACCUAGCUAAAACAAGUUUUCAUCUUUUUUUUUUUUUCACUACCAAUUAUUAUAUGGUAAUUACACAAUUAACAGCUUGUGAAAAUUUCUCUAUUUUUAUUUUUAAAUUCCACUGGCAUUUUUAUAUGAAAUUUUAAUGUUAUAAUUGUUUAAAAUCUCAUAUUCAAGCAGAUCUAGGUGAAUAUGUUGAGGUAUUCAUGUAGAUUCACACAAGGUGCUCAUUUAUCACUCAGAAAAAUCUAACUAAGCAUAACGUGUUUCAAAUAAAUUAAAUUUUGUAAUUUAAUUUAUUUAAAUUAAUAACUAAGCAUGUUAUACUUAGUUAUUACUAAGCAUAAUGUGUUUUAAAAACUAAGCAUAACGUGUUUUAAAAAAUUAAUCUAAUUAAAUUUUGUAAUUUAAUUUAUUUAAAUUAAUAGCAUUAAAUUUAAUUUAAAAUGAAGAAUAAAACUUUGAAUUUUUAUGACUGACAACUUUAGAAAGGAAUACAUGAAGAUAAUUAGAAUUUAAUUAAGUGAUAUUCCCUGUAAUAAUUGUAUUGCUAACUAAAGUGGUACAGGUGCCUCUAAGUGGCACUGUUUAGCUAGCAGGUAUUUGUUCCUAGGGAGUGCAACACAAACUCAGGGACUAAGCUCCUUAUUUUCUACUUCAAAAAGUAAUCAUGAAAACAAAGUGAAUUCAGAAUUGAUUGCAAUAAAGAACUGCCUACAACAAUC